AUGGACACAAAUGACUGGGGAACUCAGUUGCCAUCUGAUUCACGCCCGAAGAUCGUCAACAAGAUAAUGAAGACAAUGCAUAAGCACCUUCCGUAUUGUGGACCAGAGGGAAUGAACGAGCUCAGGAGGAUUGCUUCCAGAUUCGAGGAUAAAAUUUUCAACGGUGCUGUUAACCAGACUGAUUACCUUCGGAAAAUAUCCAUGAAGAUGCUGACUAUGGAGACUAAAUCUCAAAAUCCAGCUGGUUCUUCGUCUUUAACUAUCCCUGGUGGUUAUAGCAGUCUGCCCUUGAAUCCGGGUUACUUGAUGGAUAAUAACAAUUGUACACCUUCUCUUCCAAAAUGCGACACUGCUAUGGACACAUGUGACUGGAGAGCUCAAUUGCCAUCUGGUGCACGCGAGAAGAUUGUCAACAAGAUAAUGAAGACAAUGCAUAAUCACCUUCCGUAUUCUGGACCAGAGGGAAUGAACGAGCUCAGGAGGAUUGCUUCCAGAUUCGAGGAUAAAAUUUUCAACGGUGCUGUUAACCAGACUGAUUACCUUCGGAAAAUAUCCAUGAAGAUGCUGACUAUGGAGACUAAAUCUCAAAAUGCAGCUGGUUCUUCUUCUUCUUUACCUAUCCCUGGUGGUUAUAGCAGUCUGCCCUUGAAUCCGGGUCGUCAUCAGAUGAAAAUUGAAGUCCCUGUGAAAGCAGAGCCUGUUGUGAACACAUGUGACUGGAGAACUUGUCUACCACCGGAUUCACGCAACAAGAAUGCCAACAAAAUAAAGGGAACACUAAUGAAACAUGUUCCAAACUGUGGGAAAGAAGGAAACAAAGAGCUCGAGAGGAUUGCUGCUAGCUUUGAGGAGUUGAUUUUCAACACUGCUAUUGAUCAGGUGGAUUAUCUUCACAAAACUUCCUUCAAGAUCACACCUUGA